AUGGAUCAACAGGGACACCCCACUGCAACCGGACCUGCAGGCCGCAGGCUCCACAUAGCGCAUAGGCGGAGUCCGUCAGAGCUGACACCACUAAUGAUGGAACAACUUGCUCUUGCUUCACAGAUCGAGGCUCUUCAACAGCAGCAACAGCAGAUUGCCGCUACCCACCAGCAAUAUGUCAACCUUGGCAUGAUUCAACCACAGCAACACCUCCCAGGCUCUAAUGUUUUUAGCCCCAUACAAGGACAAAUGACCAAUAUGUCUCCGCAUGCAAAUACUUUUCAGUUUCCACAACAGCUUCAGCAGCAGCAUCUAGGGGUGGGCAUGAACCCACCUACGCAACCCUCGACACAUCGUCGCAACCAAUCAGCUUUGCCGAAUAUGGGCAUGGGACCCCCGCCAGCCCCUUCAUCGGGUGCUUCCGGAUUCGGCGAAUACAGCACACAAGGCCGAGAAAAUGUCAACCCUCGGGGGCGCGGGGGUGGCGCAGCAGGCAGUGGCCAUACUCGACGCCAUUCUCUAGCGUUAGACGAAGCAAAGAAGGCAGCCGAGGUUGCGGAGCAGAAGAGGAAGACGUCGGGAUUCCAGUUUCCGCUACCUGGCGCUGCUGGCAGCACCACCGCAUCUACGAAUCGGUCUGGGAGCCCGGCCAAUGUUAGUGCUGCUCCAUCCUCAGAUAUGGGCGCCAACACCCGUACUGCGGCCCGGGGAGGACACGGUCGCAGUCAGAGCAUGGCUGUUGGCAAUAUUCGGGGCGGUCAGAGCCGCGGCAUGGGCAGCUUCCAGUUCCCGCCUCCGCAAGCUACCACUGAUGCAGGCGCUAUCAAUAACAACAACACCAACAACGGCAACAACAAUAACAACAACAGUGGCCAAUCCGAAUUCGUCCGACGCGGCAGCCAGGGCCAUGGCAGGACAUCGUCCCGUAAUUUCGAUGGCAACUGGAGGCAACCCAACAACAACCCGCAGGCCUUGCAAGAGCAGCAGGCAACUAACAUGGGCAACUUCAACAUGAACGCAAAUGCUGGAGCCGCUCCAUUCCAGCCGGGCCAUCGGCAGCGUGGCUCCAUGAACCAGUCUGUCGGCUCACUCGGUAACUUUCAAUAUCCUGCUCAGCCUCAGCUGGUGCAGACUCCUCAAGGCCCGGUUCUUGUCCAACCCGGAAUGUUCGGUGCGCAGACCUUGAACCCUCUUCAGAUUGCCCAUCUUCAAGCUUUGCAGGCCGCUCAGCUCAACGGGCAGGGUAUGGCUGGGCUCCAGGCCAGUCAGCAUGCGCCAGGUGCCAUGCAGAUGCAGCAACAGCAGCAACAACAGCGGAAAACGCUAUUCACUCCUUAUCUUCCGCAAGCGACUUUACCCGCUCUGCUCAGCGACGGCCAACUCGUUGCGGGUAUUCUCCGAGUCAACAAGAAGAACCGAAGCGACGCUUACGUCACCACUACCGAUCUUGAUGCGGACAUCUUCAUCUGCGGCAGCAAAGACAGAAAUCGCGCCCUUGAAGGCGACCUUGUUGCUGUGGAGCUGCUUGACGUCGACGAGGUGUGGGGUCAGAAGCGGGAGAAGGAAGAGAAAAAGAAGCGCAAGGACAACACCGACGCCAGGGGCAGCAGCAUCGCUGUGAACGAUGCAACAACGCAGCCGGAGACCAGCCAAUCAGGCACUGAAGGUGGUCUUAGGCGUCGGGGCAGUCUCAGACAGCGUCCAACCCAGAAGAAGAAUGAUGAUGUAGAAGUUGAAGGGCAGAGCUUGCUGCUCAUGGAGGAAGAGGAAAUAAAUGACGAACAGAAGCCGCUAUAUGCUGGCCAUAUCGUUGCGGUCAUUGAGCGUGUUGCUGGGCAGAUGUUCUCCGGUACGCUCGGCUUGCUGCGGCCCAGUAGCCAGGCCACCAAAGAGAAGCAAGAAGCGGAGCGUCAAGCGCGUGAGGGUAACUCUGGUCGCCCGCAACAAGACCGUCAGCAAGACAAGCCGAAGAUCGUCUGGUUCAAGCCGACUGACAAGCGGGUUCCCCUGAUUGCUAUCCCCACCGAGCAAGCUCCUCGUGACUUCGUCGAGCGACAUCAAGACUACGCCAACCGUAUCUUCGUUGCCUGUAUCAAGCGAUGGCCCAUCACCUCGUUACAUCCGUUCGGCACUCUCGUUGAGCAGCUGGGCGAGAUGGGCGAUCUCCGAGUCGAGACCGACGCCCUUCUUCGCGACAACAACUUCGGCCCGGACGACUUCUCCGAUGCUGUGAUGAAGAACAUCGGAUUUGAGGAUUGGUCUGUCGCGAAUGAUGGGGAAGCUGCUCUUGAGGGUCGCCGAGAUUUCCGCGAUGAGAAAACCUUCACUAUUGACCCCAAUGGCAGCAAGGAGCUUGAUGAUGCUAUCCACUUCAAGACACUUGACGAUGGAUUGAUCGAAAUCGGCAUUCAUGUCGCCGAUGUCGCACACUUCAUCAAGGCCGGCUCCCUUGUCGAUCGAGAGGCGAAGAAGCGCGGGACUGCGGUCUAUCUUAUGAACCGUACAGUCAAUAUGCUUCCGCCUAGGCUAUCAACGGAGAUCUGCUGCCUGAAUCCAGAUGAAGAACGGUACACCAUCAGCAUCGUCUUCAAGGUUGACGCUGCAUCCGGCUACGUGGAUCCUGACGAUACCUGGAUCGGCAAAGGCUUGAUCAAGAGCUCUGGGAAACUUUCGUAUGAUGAGGUUGACUCCGUUAUAAACGGUCGCGACUCUGGACUCGGAGAAGCACGGGAGAAGGACAUCCAGAUGCUCCACCAAAUCACCCAGAAGUUCCGCCAGGCGCGAUUCGGUGGUCGCUCUGCAGACAUACCACCUCUGCGAUUGCUAUACCAGCUGGACGACGAGAAUGUCCCCGUGGAGCAGAACAUCUUCGACUCAUCCCCUGCUCAUGAGCUCAUCGAAGAGCUCAGCCAUUUGGCUAACGCUUUUGUUGCGCGAACGAUCCAUGCAGGUAUUCCGGACAAGGCCCUCCUCAGACGACAAGCUUCUCCGAACCCCCGCCGCUUGCAAACCUUCGCCGAACGGAUGACCAACAUCGGUUAUGAGAUUGAUAUCACCAGCAGUGGAAGCCUGCAAAACAGCCUCUUCGACGUGGAAGAUGCAGAGUUUAGAAAGGGCAUGGAGACGCUACUUGUGAAGGCAAUGCAGCGUGCUAAGUACUUUGUGGCCGGAAAGAUACCGGAAGAUUCUUUCUCUCACUACGCACUAAAUCUCCCGCUUUACACGCACUUCACCAACCCUUCAAGGCGGUACGCGGACAUCGUUGUCCACCGUCAACUUGAGGCUGUCCUCUCCAAUGGAGCCUUAGAAUUUACGGAAGACAUCGAAGCUCUGGCCAAGACUGCUGAAAUGUGCAACACGAAGAAGGAUUCCGCCCACAGCGCCCAAGAGCAGAGUGUGCAUAUCGAAGCAUGCCGCAAGAUGGAUAAGAAGCGCGAAGAACUCGGAGGCGACCUCAUCAGCGUAGGCAUCGUCCUGUGCGUAUAUGAGUCCGCCUUUGACAUCUUGAUCCCGGAGUUCGGCUUCGAGAAACGCGUUCACUGCGAUCAGCUACCGCUCAAGAAAGCUGAGUUCGACAAGAACAAGCGUCUCCUUGAGUUGUACUGGGAGAAGGGCGUUCCGUCAUCAACGUACGUUCCAGAGGACGAACGACCGAAAGCUGGAUCAGGCCGCGCCAAUGCUGCUGCUGCCGCUCGGGAAGCCGACGCCGCCAAGCAGCGUGCGAAGGAAAGCGAAGACGCGCGAAGAAGGCAAAUGGAGACGGGCACCAUGUCCACCGACGACGUUGACGCUCUCUUCGAUGACGAUGACGACGAUGCUUCGGAGAUCACAGAGAUGACAGCCGGUGUAUCUCUCGCGGGUGCCGACCGUCCGACUCAAAGCAUGCCGCCUUCGCCAACGAGGAAUGGCCCAUCUUCUGGCCAGACGCCGCACCGUACCAAGUCAGACUCCAAGCUCGGGCAGAGUGCGAGCGACGUGUCUGAGGCCAAGCUCAGCAACAAGGAGAAGUACUUCAGCCUCUUCUCGUUGCGCGAGGAGAACGGCGACUACAUCCAGGAUGUUCGAGAGAUGACCAGGAUCCCAGUCAUCCUCAAGACUGAUCUUACAAAGAGCCCACCGUGA